CGUCAUCCUAUGGCCUGUCUCCCAUAUUAGCGGCUAAGCUAACAGUUUAUUAACAGUUGAGCUGAACCGCACCAGACUAGACAGAGAUAUUUGUCUCCACCUAAAACACAAUUAAACAGAUUUUUAAAAGCACUUACUAUUGGUUUCCUAGAGGACGCUUGUCACUUCCCGUAGACGGACAUUUAUGCGCAACUUUUUGACGAAGGAGAGGUGAUAAAACAGCUGGGGUGAAUGGCUGAGGGCUCCUCAGACCCACCAGACCUCAAUCCAGAGGGCACGUCAUAUCAUAAAAAGCCACACGACUACAAAUCCAGACGUGGUCAGUCCAGAUACAGCAGUGACCGACGCGCAGGCGGUCCCGCUCAACAACACAGCCACCCUCAUCAAGGCUUCCAAGCGCCCUUUGCCCACCCUCGCAACUCGAAUCCCGUGGCCUCCCAGCAUCAGAACCAUGAACAGGGCGAUCCUGCCGGCAGGAGGCGAGGACGAGGCCGGCGGGACGGAUUCCAGAGCGCCAAUGGGAAUUUUCAUACCCCGCGGUGGAAAAGAGGUUUCGCUUGCGAGCAUUCAGACGACGGGCCCGAGUCGACGAACUGGCGGCGGGGCGACAGUGGCAGGAAUUCGGAGCAGAGGAAGUUCAGGUAUGACAACCACAGCCGAAAGGAUGAGAUUCAUUUAAGGGAGAAGAACACCGCCGUUGGGCGUCGAACCCCAGAUGACAUUGGCGGAGAAGAUGGAGAAAAGACCCUGCGAGCCAGGAGGACCAGUCCCGAUCACCAGAGGAAACAGCCCAUACAGAGGCGACAACAAGGACCGAUCAAACCCCCCAAAGUGCCAGCACAGGAGGAGAGGGACUCGGAUAGGGGACGCGUUUUCCACGAUGACAAUGCCAGACGACGCCUGGGUGACUAUCAGAGAGGGCACAGGAGACCCCAGAACCACAAGAGGAACCUAAACAUCCCAGAGAGCAACGAGACUCAGACGGGGUGUCUGAUCGAGCAGCUGUCGGCGGAGAAGUACGAGUGCAUGGUGUGCUGCGACGUCAUCCGCCUCAUGGCCCCCGUGUGGAGCUGCCACAGCUGCUUCCACGUCUUCCACCUCAACUGCAUCAAGAAGUGGGCCCGCUCGCCCGCCUCCCAAGCAGACGAUUCCGCUGAUGGUUGGCGUUGCCCCGCCUGUCAGAAUGUAUCACUUAAACACCCGGCCUCCUACACCUGCUUCUGCGGCAAAGUGACCAAUCCGGAAUGGCGGCGCAGCGAGAUCCCCCACAGCUGCGGCGACAUGUGUGGGAAGAAGAGAAGCGGUGUGGACUGCAACCACCCCUGUAACAUUUUAUGCCAUCCAGGACCUUGCCCGCAGUGCCCCGCCUUUGUGACAAAAUUCUGCGUCUGUGGAAGAACAAGUCAGCCCAUGCGCUGCAGCCAGGCGUCGCUCCUCCGCUGCGACAAGGCGUGCGGCGCUUGGCUCAACUGCGGCCGGCACACGUGCGCUCAGGUGUGCCACGGCGGACCGUGUCAGCCUUGCCAGCUGCGAGUCCUACAAGCCUGCUACUGCGAAGCCUCCACUCGCGAAGUCCCUUGUGGCACAGAUGAAGAUGGAUUUGACGGUUCGGGGAAUUUCUCCUGCCAAAAGACUUGUGGAAAAAUGUUAAACUGCGACGCUCACCGGUGCCAGCAGCCGUGCCACCGCGGGCCGUGCCCGCCGUGCCCUCGCUCGCCCAGCACGGUCAAGACCUGCCCGUGCGGCCAGACGCCGAUGGGCAAGCUGCUGGAGCUCGGCUGCCUGGAGCGGAAAAGCUGCUCUGAUCCCAUCCCUUCUUGCGGGAAGACGUGCAGCAUUCCUCUUCCCUGCGGCUCGAAUGACACGAUCCACCAUUGUGACAAGCUGUGCCACGAGGGUCCCUGCGGGCCCUGUUCCCUCACUUCUACCAUUAGAUGCCGAUGUGGUUUCAAGACAAAGGAGGUGCCGUGCGCCACAAUCCAAAGAGAGGAGGAGCUCGUGUUCACCUGUGAGAAGCGCUGUAACAAGAAGCGCUCCUGUGGCCGCCACAAGUGCGGCGAGCUGUGCUGCGUGAGCGCGGAUCACAACUGCCAGCUGAUCUGCGGCUACAAACUCAACUGCGGCCUGCACCGCUGCCAGGAGCCUUGUCACCGUGGCAACUGUGAACCCUGCUGGCAGUCCAGUUUCGACGAGCUCACGUGUCACUGCGGGAACUCGGUGCUGUACCCGCCCAUCCCGUGCGGGACCAGCCCGCCCGAGUGCAAGAACUUGUGCACCAGAAGACACGAGUGUGACCAUCCAGUGUUCCACAACUGCCACAGCGAAGAGAAGUGCCCCCCCUGCACGUACCUCACUGACAAGUGGUGCAUGGGAAAGCACGAGCAACGCAGCAACAUCCCAUGUCACCUACAAGACAUUUCCUGCGGGCUGCCGUGCGGCAAAACGCUGCCGUGCCAGAUGCACCGCUGCAAGCGCAUCUGCCACCGCGGCGACUGCUCGGCGGCGGCGGACGCGUGCGGCCAGCCGUGCACGCGGCCCCGCCCCGACUGCGGCCACGCCUGCGCUGCCCCCUGCCACGCGGGCGCCGCCUGUCCACGCGUCACCUGCCCUACUAAGGUGGCGCUGCAGUGCGAUUGCGGUCGCAGGAAGGAAAUGGUGGCAUGCACCGAGGCUGCCAGUUCAUAUCAGAGGUACGCCGCCAUCGCCAUGGCCACCAAGCUGUCGGACAUGCAGCUCGGCGACUCCAUGGACAUCGGCCCACUGCUCGCCAAGAAGGAGCUCAAACAGAGCAGGCUGGAAUGCGACGAGGAGUGCGCCACUCUGGAGAGGAACAAGCGGCUGGCCGAGGCCUUGCAGAUAGACCCCUCCUCGGACCCCUUCAACGCUCGCUCCGCCGCCGUGUACAGCAGUAGCCUCAAAGACGAUGCCAGGAAAGACUUGAAGUUUGUCUCGGGUGUAGAAGAGACGAUUAAGAAUCUCGUGGAGAUCGUUUCGAAGGGCAAGCAGCCGAAGAAAAGCCACUGCUUCCAGCCCAUGAACAGGGACCGCCGCAGGAUCGUGCACGAGCUGGCCGAGGCCUACGCCGCGGAGAGCGUCAGCUACGACAGCGAGCCCAAGCGCAACGUGGUCGUCACGGCGCUCAAGGGGAAAUCGCUGUGCCCAAAAUGGACCCUGACCUCGCUGAUCGAGCGCGAGACGACCGCCAAGGCCCCCGUGCCCAUCGCGCACAUCAAACAGCCCAGCAGCAGGGCCUCCGGCACCACCACCACCUGGUCCAAGCUGGUCAAAGAAGAACCGGUAAUCGAUUAUUUCGAUGUCCAGGACUGAACGUUUUGGGACACGGACGCCGUGAAUGCUGCUUUUGAACUUCCACUCGCAUGAAUCCUGAAUCAAGUCUUGAAUUUUGGACACCCGAUCUAUUAUAAAAUGGCUUCUUCUUGUAUGCAAGCAGUCCCCAAGGAAGAGGUACUUAAAAUAAAAACGUGAAAUAAAU